UUCGCACGAAGUUUACGGAAAAACAUGGCGGGCCUGGAGCUGCUGUCGGACCAGGGCUACCGGCUCGAUGGGAGAAAAGCCACCGAGCUGCGGAAGGUUCAGGCCCGCAUGGGUGUGUUCGCUCAGGCCGACGGCUCCGCGUAUCUAGAGCAGGGCAACACGAAGGCGCUGGCGGUGGUCUACGGUCCGCAUGAAGUGCGAGGUUCACGCGGCUGGAUCCGCCACGAUCGAGCCAUGAUCAACUGUCAGUACAGCAUGGCCACGUUCAGCACGGCGGAGAGGAAGAGGAGGCCGCACGGCGACCGCAAGUCCACCGAGAUGAGCCUCCACCUCAAGCAGACGUUCGAAGCCGCGGUGAUGACCCAGCUCUACCCGCGCUCUCAAAUAGACAUCUUUGUCAAGAUCCUGCAGUCAGACGGCGGGAACUACAGCGUGUGCGUGAACGCUGCCACCCUGGCGAUGAUCGACGCCGGCAUCCCCAUGCGGGACUACGUGUGCGCCUGCACGGUCGGGUUCGUGGACGAGACGCCCCUCGCCGACCUUUGCUACGCCGAGGAGGGCGGAGGAGUGAGCUCGCUGGCCUUGGCGCUGCUGCCCCGGAGCGGGCAGAUCGCUCUGCUGCAGAUGGACGCCAGACUCCAUCAGGAUCACCUGGAGCCGCUCAUGGAAGCCGCCAUGACGGCUUGCAAAGGCGUGAGCAAGGUGCUGGACGAGGUGGUGCGGCAACAUCUGCAAGAAGCCGCCGUGCUGUCUGCAGAGUGAACGUCCAGACUGGAGACGUGUUAUUGGACCGGAUGGAGAGGGAAGAUGAGAGGAUCUUGGAGAAAUGUUGUUGUUAUAUGUAUUCAUCGCAGUUAUACCCUUUUUGUACAUUAUGUGUCACGCUAAUAAUAAAUCUGACAACCCUG